CCGAUACGCCCGCUACCUGCAGGCCAACUGACGCCGUAAACACUGCCGUCAGGCUAAUGCUUGCUUUCGUUAUAUACUGUUGUCAAGGGGAUGCGAAAUCAGUUGUUUUCAACACACUGCUGAAAAGUGUGAUGUGGUAGCGUUCCUUUUUAAGAGUGGCUAUUCGUAAUCAACUAUUAUUUCGCAAUGGAUGGAAGUGGUGACUUCCUGACACGAUCCUGUCAAGAUGAUGGAAUAAGAAUGACAAAGAAGUCCCUGCGAAAAAUCUGUAAGGAAACCAGCUUAUAUUUAACACCACAUUUAAACGACGUUUUGUAUCUACAUUAUAAAGGUUUCAGUAAAAUAGAGAACCUAGAAGAAUAUACUGGACUGAAGUGUCUGUGGUUACAAAAUAAUGGCAUUGAAAAGAUUGAAAAUCUCGAAAAGCAAACAAAUUUAAAAUGUCUCUUUUUACACUAUAAUUUAAUUGAGAAAAUCGAAAAUUUAGAAGUGCUGCAAGAGUUAGACACAGUGAAUUUGAGCUAUAAUUCAAUCAAAAAAUUGGAAAAUUUAGAUACUUUGCCAGUAUUGAAUUCAUUGUACAUAACACACAACAGACUUGAAACUGUUGAAGACAUAGAAAUUCUGGCAAAAUGCAAACAACUGAGUGUUUUGGACUUGUCCUUCAAUCGUUUGGACAGCCCUGACAUUGUUAAUGUGCUUGGUGCAAUGGAAAACCUCAGAGUUCUGACUCUGACAGGAAAUCCUGUACUCAAACACCUCUCCCCAUACAGAAAGCUACUAAUAAUGAACUGCAAACAGUUAUUACAUCUAGAUGAACGUCCUAUAUUUGAUAAAGACAGAGCAUGCACGGAAGCAUGGUUUGCAGGUGGAGAGGAAGCAGAAAGGAAAUUAAGGCAAAAAUUUAUACAAGAUGAGCAAGACAGAUGCCUCAGAAGUGCUUUGGCACUUGUAGAAAUGCGAAACAAAAAGGUUGCAGAGAGAGCUGCACAAGUAGCUGAUGACACUCUGCAGUGUAUUGCAUUACUAUUUUCAGAAUAUUCCCAGGUGUCCUACACUAACUACACUUUUGGGACGGCAGAAGAUGCACCAUUAGACACAACAGACAGCCAUUGUGAAGAUGUAAAAAAUAGUAACGUUAAUGACGAGAAAACUGAACAAAAUGUACAAGAGCUUGGAAAGCCAACGGUUUUAAAAGAGGCUAAUGAUGCAGAGUCCAAGCAAAAUUUUGCCUCCAACAACUGUGCAUUUAGUUUAAAUGAUAUUAAUACUAAAGAUAAAAGUACCUUUGAAAGCUAUGACAAAGGAACUGUAGUGGUUAGAGAACAAGAAAAUCUAGGAACUUUAGAACAAUUUGAAAAGACACAUGAGAUGGAUGGAUGUAAGACCAGUGUAUGUGAGGGAAUCAAAACACAUGACACUUGUUCUGCAAAUAAUACAGAAUGUACACAGACUGAGGUAGAAUAUAGUUACGGGGAUGAUCUGGUUGGUCUGACCCAUAGUCAACAUGAUCAUCAAACAUUUGUUUCUUCUGUUUGUGGUCAGAUUGUCUCUGUACACUCUGAGCAACAAAUACUCUGCCAAGUUUGCACUGAAAAUACAGCAGGAGAAAAGGAGAAGAUUUUGAAGGAUAGUAGGGAAGGUGAAUGUAAUAGCUCGGAUUACUGUGAAAGUGGAAAUGAAAUAGUUUAUGACUGCACAACAGAACAUGAGGUAAAAUGCCAUAGGAAAAAAGUUGUUCCUAAUAUUUCAUGUGAUAUUCAGUUUACAGUACAUAAAGAAGGAAACAGCACAAUAUGCAAUAUUAGCAGUUCCACCCCUGAAAAAAUGAAACCAGAUUGUUCUAGCAAUGGAGCUUUGGAAAAAGAAAGUCAUAACAACUCCAGAGUUGAUUGUAAUGUUACUGAAGAAGUUUACGGAGCCAGUGAAUCACUUGUCUUUUGUGCCUCUGUGAAAAAUAUGUUACUGCAUGAUAGUGAUAUACCAACAAAUCUAUGCCGUCUGGAACUUGAAGUCAUCAAUGAUGCUCAAAAUCAAAUAUCUGCUUGUGGUCCUCAACAAGAUACUGUUGCAGAUGAAUAUGAUGCUGAUAGAAUAGUGGCCCAAAGGACUAAAGAAGAUGGAUGUAUUGCAAUGGAGAAAGAGGAGCAGCAGAUUGAUAAUGCAGAUUAUGGAGAUGAAAGGACAACUUGCUGUAGGGAUCAAAUCUUACCCUGUACACCUUUUACUAAAGGAACACAUUUGGAAAGUGAAACUAGAAACAUUUUAGAAUACAAUAUACAAACUUCAAUUGACACAUGUAAAGCAGAUGUGUGUGCCCUUGCCUUACAUAAUAAAGAAAAAGUUUCUGAAUUAGCAACUGAUUCUGUUCUGUCAGUUAAUGCAGAAUCAGAGAAAAGUACAUGUGACAGUGACAUAGUUGAAACUAAUGGAAACACAUUUCAUUAA